GCUGGUUGGGGGAGGCACUCCUUUGCUCUCGUCUGCUCGGCGUCCGCCUGUUUGUAUCUCGCUUUUUCUCUUCCUGUUGAAUUUCCCAGUUUGUUUGAGGCCGGACUGGAACUCCGUGCUCCGCCCCAUGGUUAAUAACACCGAGCCUGGAAGGACUCCUCGAGCUACCGACAAUACAUUGGGAAAAACUCCCCAUAUACUCCACCUUGGAAUUCCAUUCUCGGUUGAAAAGGAGGAGGGGGAGAAAUCGACGACGUGACCGACUGGAUGGCUCUCCAGUCGUCUUAGUCAACUCUCGGUUCUCCGUAGCUAACCACCAACUGUCGCCGGAAUGACAUCCACCGUCACCUUGGAGGAUGCCCUCUCCAACGUGGACCUUCUGGAGGAGCUGCCGCUGCCUGACCAGCAGCCGUGCAUCGAGCCUCUGCCUUCAUCGGUCAUGUACCAGCCCAACUUCAACACAAACUUUGAGGACCGCAACGCCUUCGUCACGGGCAUCGCCCGAUACAUUGAGCAGGCCACCGUCCACUCCAGCAUGAAUGAAAUGCUGGAGGAGGGUCAGGAGUACGCGGUCAUGCUGUACACCUGGAGGAGCUGCUCACGCGCAAUCCCACAGGUGAAAUGCAACGAGCAGCCCAACCGAGUGGAGAUCUACGAGAAGACGGUGGAGGUGCUGGAGCCCGAAGUCACCAAGCUGAUGAACUUCAUGUACUUUCAGCGCACCGCCAUCGACCGCUUCUGCGGCGAGGUGCGCCGCCUGUGUCACACCGAGCGGCGCAAGGACUUUGUGUCCGAGGCCUACCUGCUCACGCUGGGGAAAUUCAUCAACAUGUUUGCCGUCCUGGAUGAGCUCAAGAACAUGAAGUGCAGCGUCAAGAAUGACCACUCGGCUUACAAGCGCGCUGCUCAGUUUCUCCGAAAAAUGUCAGAGCCCUCAUCUAUUCAGGAAUCCCAGAACUUGUCCAUGUUCCUGGCAAACCACAACAAAAUCACUCAGUCUUUGCAGCAGCAGCUGGAGGUGAUCAACGGCUACGAGGAGCUGCUGGCCGACAUCGUCAACCUGUGCGUGGAGUAUUACGACAACAAGAUGUAUCUGACCCCCGGCGAGAAGCACAUGCUGCUCAAAGUCAUGGGCUUUGGCUUGUACCUCAUGGAUGGAAACAGCAGCAACAUCUACAAGCUGGAUGCCAAGAAGAGGAUCAACCUGACCAAGAUUGAUAAGUUUUUCAAGCAACUCCAGGUGGUUCCUCUUUUUGGCGACAUGCAGAUCGAGUUGUCCAGGUACAUCAAGACAAGCGCUCACUUCGAGGAGAACAAAUCCAGGUGGACGUGCACGUCCAUCUCCAGCAGCCCUCAGUACAACAUCUGUGAGCAGAUGAUUCAGAUCCGCGAAGAUCACAUGCGCUUCAUCUCUGAGCUCGCCCGCUACAGCAACAGCGAGGUGGUGACGGGCUCAGGGCGUCAGGAGGCCCAGAAGACUGAUAUGGAGUACCGGAAGCUUUUCGACUUGGCCCUGCAGGGCAUGCAGCUCCUGUCGCAGUGGAGUGCUCAUGUCAUGGAAGUGUACUCCUGGAAACUGGUUCAUCCCACGGACAAGUACUCCAACAAGGAGUGCCCCGACAACGCCGAGGAAUACGAGCGCGCCACCCGAUACAACUACACCAGCGAGGAGAAGUUUGCCCUGGUGGAGGUGAUCGCCAUGAUAAAGGGGCUGCAGGUGCUGAUGGGCCGCAUGGAGAGCGUGUUCAACCACGCCAUCCGCCACACCAUCUACUCAGCCUUGCAGGACUUCUCGCAAGUGACGCUGCGUGACCCGCUCCGCCAGGCCAUCAAGAAGAAGAAGAACGUCAUCCAGAGUGUCCUCCAGGCCAUCCGGAAGACGGUGUGCGACUGGGAGACAGGCCGUGAGCCGCACAAUGACCCGGCCCUCCGUGGGGAAAAGGACCCCAAGGGCGGAUUCGACAUCAAGGUCCCUCGAAGAGCCGUGGGACCCUCCAGCACUCAGCUGUACAUGGUGAGGACCAUGCUUGAGUCCCUCAUCGCCGACAAAAGCGGCUCCAAGAAGACGCUGCGUAGCGGUCUAGAAGGCCCCACCAUCCUGGACAUCGAGAGGUUUCACCGCGAGUCCUUCUUCUACACCCACCUGCUGAACUUCAGCGACACCUUGCAGCACUGUUGCGACCUUUCCCAGCUGUGGUUCAGGGAGUUCUUCCUGGAGCUCACCAUGGGACGCAGGAUCCAGUUCCCCAUUGAGAUGUCCAUGCCUUGGAUUCUCACAGAUCACAUUUUGGAGACCAAGGAAUCUUCCAUGAUGGAAUAUGUGCUGUAUCCUCUGGAUUUGUACAACGACAGCGCCCACUAUGCCCUGACCAAGUUCAAGAAGCAGUUCCUCUAUGAUGAAAUAGAGGCCGAGGUGAACUUGUGCUUCGAUCAGUUUGUCUACAAGCUGGCCGAUCAGAUAUUUGCUUACUACAAGAUCCUCGCUGGAAGUCUGCUGCUGGACAAACGUUUGCGCGCUGACUGCAAGAACCAAGGCGCCAACAUUCCCUGGCCGGCCUCCAAUCGCUACGAGACCCUGCUGAAGCAGCGCCACGUGCAGCUCCUCGGCCGCUCCAUCGACUUGAACAGGCUUAUCACGCAGAGGGUCUCGGCGGCGUUGUACAAAUCCCUGGAGCUGGCCAUCAACCGCUUUGAGAGCGAGGACCUCACUUCAAUCCUGGAACUGGAAGGACUCCUGGAGAUCAACCGCCUGACGCACAAGCUCCUCUGCAAGUUCUUGACGCUGGAUAGCUUUGACGCCAUGUUCCGCGAGGCCAACCACAACGUGUCGGCGCCGUACGGCCGCAUCACGCUGCACGUGUUCUGGGAGCUCAACUAUGACUUUUUGCCCAACUACUGCUACAACGGCUCCACCAACAGGUUCGUGCGCACCGUCCUGCCUUUCUCUCAGGAGUUCCAGAGGGACAAGCCGCCCAACGCUCAACCCCAGUAUCUGUAUGGAUCCAAGACGCUGAACUUGACGUACAGCAGCAUUUUUAGUUGCUACCGCAACUUUGUGGGCCCGCCGCACAUCAAGGUCAUGUGCCGGCUGUUGGGCUACCAGGGCAUCGCAGUGGUAAUGGAGGAGCUGCUCAAGGUGGUCAAGAGCUUGCUCCAGGGCACCAUCAUGCAGUAUGUAAAGACCCUGAUGGAGGUGAUGCCCAAGAUCUGCCGGCUUCCCCGCCAUGAGUACGGCUCGCCAGGAAUCCUGGAGUUUUUCCACCACCAGCUGAAGGACAUUGUGGAGUAUGCUGAGCUCAAGACGGUUUGCUUCCAGAACCUGCGGGAGGUGGGCAACGCCCUCCUCUUCUGCCUACUCAGCGAGCAGAGUCUGUCGCAGGAGGAGGUUUGUGAUCUGCUGCAUGCGGCACCUUUCCAGAACAUUCUGCCCAGAGUCCACAUCAAAGAGGGGGAGCGCCUGGAUGCCAAGAUGAAGCGUCUGGAGGCCAAAUACACGGCGCUGCACAUGGUUCCUCUCAUUGAGCGUCUCGGCACGCCACAGCAAAUCGCCAUCGCUCGCGAGGGUGACCUGCUGACCAAGGAGCGACUUUGCUGCGGCCUGUCCAUGUUUGAGGUGAUCCUGGCGCGCGUGCGCGGCUUCCUGGAUGACCCCAUCUGGCGCGGCCCGCUCCCCAGCAACGGCGUCAUGCACGUGGACGAGUGCGUGGAGUUCCAUCGUCUGUGGAGCGCCAUGCAGUUUGUCUACUGCAUCCCCGUCGGCGCGCACGAAUUCACUGUCGAGCAGUGCUUCGGCGAUGGACUCCACUGGGCGGGCUGCUUGAUCAUCAGCCUGUUGGGCCAGCAGAGACGCUUUGACAUCCUCGACUUCAGCUACCACCUGCUCAAAGUGCAGAAGCACGACGGCAAGGACGAGCUCAUUAAGAGCGUCGCGCUGAAGAAAAUGGUGGACCGCAUCCGCAAGUUCCAAGUGCUCAACAACGAGAUCUUCGCCAUUCUGAAUAAGUACCUCAAGUCGAGCGACGGCGAGAACAUGCCGGUGGAGCACGUGCGCUGCUUCCAGCCGCCCAUCCACCAAUCACUGGCCAGCAGCUGAGUGCAAAAAUAUUACAAAUAUUCCCUUUUUUGGGUGGGGAGGGAGGGGGGGUACUCGGCUAGCAAAGACCAUUGAGUUUUAUUCCCACAAUAAAAUUUUUGUAUUCACAUGUGCCUUAUCGGGUUAAUAGAUUGUUUUAUACUUCUAGAUAAACUUUCUAAGAGAUUAAUAUUUAAAAGAUUUUGUGGUGUUGGUGGUGGUGAUGAAGAUGGAACAUUAGAAGUGCGGUGAAGUUUUGUUUUUCAUAUUUUGCAUGCCAACGCAUUUCUAUUGACUGUGCCUUGACUUUUAAUCAUCGUUUUAUUAUUUCAAUAAAUACUGUAUGUAACAAAUCUGUUGUUCAUCCACAGAGCUGCAUUUUUCUCUGAAAAAUUAAAAUCAAAGUUACUUUCAAGUAUCACGACAAUUUGUAGUGACAGUGAAACCUCAUGUUGAAUAUAAAUAUUUCCAGUGCAUGAAAACAGUUUAACCCUCCUAUGCUACGGAUCAAAUUGACCCAAAUAAGAAGGAAAAAAUAUGACAUUUCUGGUCACUUGAAUAAAAAUGCUUUGUUUCACAUACAGUAUUUUAAACUUGGCGAUCCGGUGAUACAGUGAACGUGUUCAUGGGUCAAUAUGACCCACCUGCCGCAUGAAUAAUUCAUGUACCAGGAGAAAUGAUUGGAAUUGAGUAGAGGGAGGGGGGAGUAAGUACACCCCUGAGUUUAAUCCCUUCUGUGACUGCACUUUGAUUUCAGAAUUUCUCAAAUUUACCCAUCGAAAUUUAUGGAAA